AUGUUGAGUCGGGGCAGGAACCACUCGCAGGAACUAGGUAGAAUAGGGCAGAGCAAGUUAGGACCCUUCCUUCUGAUGCUGGUUUUCAGUAAACUGCUCUUUGUCAGUGGAACAUUUGUAUCUUUUGACAUUUUACAAUCUGCAGCUCUUCUUCAGGUGAUAAGCACACAGCUGAUGUGCAGUGCUGUACUGUACGUCAUGCUUUACCAACCACUCAACGUCCUCCGAACUCUAUCCAAACAAAACCUCAUCAAGGUAUUGUUUAACGGGGCCUGGUACGCCGGUGUAAUGCUGCUUUGGGGUACUGGUCUACGUCUUGUUGGACCCAUACGAACAGUUCUGCUGUUUGACCACCACGAGACUAUUGUGCUAGCUUGUAUAUCCUACCUCCUUGCUGGUAACGAUAAAGACAAGUCACGUGGGUCCAUGUUGUUUGUGGGGGGUCUCAUUAUGUUGCUGUUCCUGGAUAAUGACGCGGCACUAGACCACCACGUCGAGUCGGGGGAGGAGAGUUAUGUGGUACAUGCCCUCUACGCUAUGUUCGAUCAGCUUGGAGUACCGGACCACAAACACGGAGUACUGGUUCUAAUCCUGGCGCUCGUGCUGUCCGCUCUUCAGAGAACAUACCAGAAGAAAUUAGCCGUGGAAACAGGAGGUAACAAGAAGCUACAUGCCCUGACUGUCCUAGUAUCUGGUUGUCUCCUCUUCCUACCGACUGUGUUCCAGCUAGUUGGUGCUCCCAGCUCAAACAACGGGGUGUGGCUCUCUUCUGUCCUGCCCUGGUCUAUCCUCAUCGCUAUCUCUGUGGUGGCAAACUAUGUGAUAGAUGGACUGACGAUCAGUAAACUGGACACGAACAGAGUUGUAAAAUACAGCACUAUUAUCUCCUUCGUUGUUACUCUUGUCUUAGGAUAUUUCUGGCACGGACCUCUAAUCCUAGUGAACGGGGAAACUAGCGAUACUUCGCACCAUCACAUCUCCGGAGGUGUCCUGAUUGCUACCAUCCUCCUCACCCUCGCCACUAUACGUCUCUCCAAACCCUCCGGUCCAAACCACGGCACUUUCAUCGGAUACGCAGAAUCAGGCCUUCCCAUGUACACAUUCGAUAAAAAAGCGGACGCUUCAACGGUUAUACCGUUUAUAAAAUCUACACUUCAACAGAUAAUGAGCAGCAGUGAUUCGAGGCAGAUAUUUUAUUUUCUCUGUAUAAAUCUCUUCUUCUGUGGAGUGGAACUGCUGUAUGGAAUCUGGACGAACUCGCUUGGUCUCAUAUCGGACGGUUUCCACAUGCUGUUUGACUGCGCAGCGCUUCUCGUGGGAUUGUUGGCGGCCCUGAUGCAGAAGUGGCCCAAGACGCGGGUUUACUCGUACGGGUUUGCGCGUGUGGACAUGUUAUCAGGAUAUGUUAAUGGACUGCUGUUGUGUGUUGUAGCCUUCUUUGUCUUCAGUGAGGCUGUUGAGCGACUGGUUGAUCCUCCUGAGAUUAGCACAGAUAGACUGUUGAUAGUAUCUGUAGCGGGGCUUGGUGUCAAUCUUAUCGGAAUAUUUGCGUUUAGUCACGCCCACACGCACGGGGGCGCUCCAUGCGCCGGACAUGACGCACCUCCCAAAAAAAGUAGCGGUCACGGACACAGUCACGACGGUGGUCAUGGGCAUAGUCACGAUAGUGGUCAUGGGCAUAGUCAUGGAGCGGAAAAAUGUGCUGAUGAUCACGCUGGUCACGGACACAGUCAUGAUGAAGGUCACGGACACAGUCAUGAAAGUGGUCACGGACACAGUCAUGACGGUGGUCACAGUCAUGAAGGCAACAACGGCAAAGGGAAUCAUGGUCACAGUCACGGUGGUGGAAGUACAGAAAACAGAAAUCUGCAGGGAGUAUUCCUUCACAUUAUGGCGGAUACUCUAGGCAGUGUGGGAGUAAUUAUCUCAUCCUUACUCAUAGAAUAUUUCGGCUGGUACCGAUCUGACCCAAUAUGUUCUAUGGUUAUCGCAGUUCUCAUUUUCCUAUCAGUAAUCCCUCUUCUCAAGGACUCUGUCCUGGUUUUACUCCAGCGUGUUCCUCAAGAGAAAGAAGGAAGUUUCUUCGAAGCACUAGAUGAGAUUAACAAGAUAGAAAACGUGAUGAAUGUUUACGAUCCUCAUUUGUGGCUCUACUCGAGCAGUGUGCUAGUUGCUUCAGUCAGAGUGUACGUCAACGCACGUGCAAACGAACAGCGCGUUAUCUCCCAAUCUAGAGACAUACUCAUUGACCACGGAUUUUCCGAGUGCAGUGUGCAAGUAGACAAAGAAUUGUUCAGAAAAGCAAUGAGGUCCUAUGGACCUUCUUUGCUGGAUUCGGCUGAGAAAUAUAAUCUAGGAGCCUAUUCAAGGAACGAAAAUAUACUGAGGAUAAACUAGAAUGGGUUAAAUCAUAUAUUGGAUAGUUUCAUUUAGUUAAUUUUAUGAGAAGCACGAUUAAACAACUAUUGAAAGAAUUCGGUAAAAACUAAGAUAAGUAAUGUAGAGUAAAUGAGAAAUUGUGAACAUUAAAUGAGUUAAAAUUGUGCAAUGCGAAAUGGACCUGAUAUUUGAAUUAAUCCUUAAAUGCUUUCUUGUGGCUUUACUUUAUUAUUCCGAAUAAGGCGAUGUUUUUAAAGCACUCUCGUCCUUUAAAUUUGUCCUUCUCGAGAUUGGUCAAAUUGUGAUCCUUUGUGGUUUGAAGAACCACCGUACUGCACUUUUUAGAAAUUUUAAAAUCUUCGCGAUAAAUUUUGAAGCAGUUUCAACCUAAAUCGGCUGAAUGAAUUAGAGUAGGAUUAGGCCUUUUCUAAAUUGUAACAUUGUUUUUGGAAUGGGUAGUUAUAUCAAUGACGUCAAAUCAAGUUUUUAUAGUUUUUAAAACUACUGCUCAUCGAGAUGACGUUAUCAAUUAUUUCAGAUUAAUUUUGUGAAAUUAUUUCAGCUGAGCUGAGGUAAGUAUUGAAAAUAACCACAGUAAAUAAGACAGCAACAAAUUUUCUUGCAAUUUUGAUUCACAAGAAUCUAAAAAAUUCCGAUACAACUGAUCCAGAUUUCAGAUUAAGAUCAGUUAAAUAACAUUAAACUUGGUAUAUUUGAUAAUUCAUAUUUAUGGUAGUAAUGCAUGAUUCUGGUUUAUGUUAUAUCAUUUUGUAGAAAACUGUUUUGUGUAGAAAUUGGAUAAAUGAUUUUGGGGAACAUUACCACAAUCGUGGCGACGAGGAAAUGUUUUUAUGUAGCUGUCUGAAUCCAUGUUAAAUCACAUCUGUAACUUUUCUUGAAAUAUUCAGUUACUAAAAUGAUAAUCACUAUUAUUUGUCCACUUUAACAGCUGUGUCAUAAUGCCCAAAUACUGGUCAGAUAGGGCAGUCACGUUGAAAUAUAGCAUAUCGUGUACGGCGCCAGGAAUAAAUUAUGCAGAUUGCGGCUGCGCACGAGCGUUUAUACGGAAAUUUUGUAGUUCUCUUUUAACUUGCGUGGCAGAUGGUUAGCCCCAAGAUCGUCCGUAACAAGGCGUGGCAGCGAUCUGAUCUCAAUAACUGUUCCUAGGUUGCCAAAUUUUAAAUAGAUAAUAUUAUACAUAUGUUAGUUUCGCC